UUGGCCCCGCGCGUGGCCCGCCCGGCCGCUGUGCUCUGCGCCCGGGGCCGCUGGGGACAUGAAGCACUACCUGUGGGCGCGCUACCGCGACGCGCGGAGGAGCACGGACGAGAUGGAACUCUCCAAGGAGCCCGGAAUAUUUCUUUUGCUGUUUUGAGCAGGAGAAUUGAUGUGGGAAACGCUGAAUUGGUUCCUUCACUCAUGAGCAACCUGCUGAAUCCAGAUGCCAUUUUCUCCAACAAUGAAAUGAGCCUGUCGGACAUCGAGAUCUACGGCUUCGAUUACGACUACACCCUGGUGUUCUAUUCAAAGCACCUCCACACGCUCAUCUUCAAUGCGGCUCGGGACCUUCUCAUCAAUGAGCACCGGUACCCCGCAGAAAUCAGGAAGUGUGAGUACGACCCCAGCUUCGCCAUCCGCGGGCUGCACUACGAUGUCCACCGGGCAGUGUUGAUGAAGAUCGAUGCCUUUCACUACAUCCAGCUGGGCACCGUUUACAGAGGCCUCAGUGUGGUCCCCGACGAGGAGGUCAUCGAGAUGUACGAAGGGUCGCACGUGCCCUUGGAGCAGAUGAGCGACUUCUACGGGAAGAGUUCCCAUGGCCACACCAUGAAGCAGUUCAUGGACAUCUUCUCCCUCCCGGAGAUGACGCUGCUGUCCUGCGUGAACGAGCACUUCCUGAAGAACAACAUCGACUACGAGCCCGUGCACCUGUACAAGGAUGUCAAGGACUCCAUCCGUGAUGUCCACAUCAAAGGGAUUAUGUACAGAGCCAUCGAGGCGGACAUUGAGAAGUACGUCUGCUAUGCGGAGCAGACCCGCGCGGUGCUGGCCAAGCUGGCGGAUCACGGCAAGAAGAUGUUUCUCAUCACCAACAGCCCCAGCAGCUUCGUGGACAAGGGAAUGAGGUACAUCGUGGGGAAGGACUGGAGGGACCUGUUUGACGUGGUCAUCGUGCAGGCGGAGAAGCCCAACUUCUUCAACGACAGGCGCCGACCUUUCCGAAAGGUGAAUGAGAAAGGCGUCUUGCUCUGGGAUAAAAUCCACAAGUUGCAGAAGGGCCAGAUUUACAAGCAGGGCAAUUUGUACGAGUUUUUGAAGCUCACCGGCUGGCGCGGCUCCAAAGUGCUGUAUUUUGGUGACCACAUAUACAGUGACCUGGCGGACCUGACGCUGAAGCAUGGCUGGCGGACGGGCGCCAUCAUCCCCGAGCUGAGGUCGGAGCUCAGGAUCAUGAACACGGAGCAGUACGUCCAGACUGUGACCUGGCUGCAGACCCUGACCGGGCUGCUGGAGCAGAUGCAGGUUCACAGAGACCCUGAGUCGCAGCUGGUUCUUCAGGAGUGGAAGAAGGAGAGAAAGGAGAUGAGAGAAAUGACCAAAAGGUUCUUCAACGCGCAGUUCGGCAGCUUGUUCCGCACGGACCAGAACCCCACCUACUUCCUGCGGCGCCUGUCGCGCUUCGCGGACAUCUACAUGGCGUCCCUGAGCUGCCUCCUGAACUACGAUGUGCAUCACACCUUCUACCCCCGCCGGACUCCGCUGCAGCACGAGCUGCCCGCCUGGGCCCACCGGCUGGCCCCAUUUGGGGCCCCUGUCCUGCAGGCUGCCCAGGCCGAGUAGCUGCAGCCAGGCUGGGCACACAGCCCGGCUCUGUGGGGACUUGUGUGGGGACUUCAGGGUGGGUUUGAGCACUGCUUUCUGCAGACAUGGGCACCAGGCCUUUGGGCAGUGCUGUGCCUGCAGUCCUCAGCCUGCCUGCAGGGCUGGAAAAGGAUUCAGCCUAUUAUUCACUGAGGUCCUAGACUGGCGUCACUGUCUCGGGAGAGAAGAAACCCCUGCUUCAACCUCUGCUGGUCAGCUCGAGCCAGGGGUGGGUUCUUCGUGGAUGUUCUGGGACCUUUGCAGGCAGCCACUGGGGAUGGUGAUGUGCAGGAUACGGGACUCAGGGGAAGCUGAGGCUGUAGCCGCGAUCCCCCUAAACAGCGGCCGAUUCCCAAGUCCUUGGGUCCUAGGCUUUCGAGGACUCCUGGGGAGUCGAGUGUGUCUGGGAGGUCAGCCUCCAGGGAAGGGUGCAGGAGAACCAAGAUCCUGGUCUUCACUGUGAGGCUGCAUCUGCCCCACACGGGCCAGGGACAGCAGCAUGACAGGUGUGGGCAUGACAGGAGCAGGAGCUAAAGUUGGCUGUGUGCGGCGGUCCUUGGUCAUUGGUCUGCAUGGGACGUGGGCCAGGAAGGAGAACCAGGGCCUUCCGCUCCCGGAGCUCCUCUUCCCCUGGCACCACCUGUGCGUGGGCUUUGUGUGCUUGUUGGGGAGAAAAUGAAAUAAGGGGUGUGUGUGUGCUUGUGAUGGGACACCUCACCACAGCCAGCUUGGGGGUCUUAUGGAAACACCCAAGCUCCCAGGAACCUCUGCAGAUGAGGAGCUGCCUGCCGCUCUGGAGUGUCACCUGCCAGGGAGGCGGUGGUCAGCGCCUGCAGCCCUGUCCUUGCUGUUCCCAUUCUGUCCAUGCGGCUUUUGGGACUUGGGGCAUUUUCUUAGGUAGCAUCCAAGGCAGGAUAGGGUGAAGGGCAUUGAAAGUCACAGGGAGACCUUGCUAGCUGAGCUCUCCGUGUUCACACAGCACCUCCCUGCAAGAAUCCGCACUCCCCAGUGUUCACUCACUGUGCUCUGUGUGCGUCUCGGCGUCCACAGUUGCAGUCACAGUGUUCCUGGUGGCAUUUCUGUUGUCCGUGGUGCAUGAACUCUUCUGGUCGGGUGAGCCCUGGGUAUUGCCUGGGUGGAGCCUGAGCUUGUGCUGUGCUAUGGCAGGUGGGGAGCCUUAGCCUGUGGGGUGUGCUUGCACUGUGUCACAAUUGCUGACCGGAUGCCAGCCUGGCAGCUGUUGCCGGCCACCACGCAGAUGCAGAGGUCAGCAACUAGGGAGCAGGCUCUGGCGCCCUUCAUUUCCAUGGGACUUGAAGGUGACCCUCAAGCCCAAGCCCUCAUUCUGUCCACUGUUGUAAGCGCAGGAGGGCGCAAGAGCAGGGGCCUUUGGGGAGUGGCGCAGCCAUGCUGUGCUUUAACUUAGUACUCCAGGGGCUGCCACUCAGUGCCCACAGGUGAGGGUCAGCUGCACUCAGAGCCGGGUCCUGAAAGGUUGUUUUGUUUUUGAGGCAGGGUUUCAAUAUGUAGUUCA